CCAGCGCUGCACUGGGCCAAGACUGAAGGACAGUGUCAGAAUCCUCUCCUUGGGCCUGGAGAGAACUCACUGCCAAUCCCCUUGCUCUCCAGCGCAGGGGACGUGCCAUGUAGGAAACAUGUUUGGGGCAGCCAAGCCCAGCAAUGAAAGGGGAAACAGUGGAAGGGUAUUUAUUUAUCGUUUGUAUUGCUGUAGUGCCUAGGAGCCCUAGUUGUGGACCAGGACCCCAGGGUGCUAGGCACUGUACAAACACAGAACAGACCGACAGUCCCUGCCCUGAAGAUCGUACAGUCUAAAUAGAGCAGACAGAGGAAGCGUUAGAACACACAAGCAGAGUGAACAGUGUGAUGGCAGCAAACGGCAUCUGGUGUCUGCGGAGGGGUCGCACUCAGAUGGGGGAUCUGUCUGUGCCGAUAACCAGCCGGAGUUGCCGCCCUCCAUGGAGCGUACCGGGGGCAUUGGGGACUCCAGGCCUCCCUCCUUCCACCCCAACACUGGGGGGAGUCGGGAGAACCUGGAUAACGAGACGGAGACAGAUUCAGUGGUUUCAUCGCAGAGGGAGAGACUUCGCCGGAAAGAUGGGCCUGAGCAUGCACCCAGAGUGAAUGGGACGGCAAAAGGAGAGCGGCGCCGAGACCUAGGCGGGUACGAGAGCUCUUCCACUCUCAUGAGCAGCGAAUUGGAGACCACCAGCUUCUUCGACUCGGAUGAGGAUGACUCCACCAGCAGGUUUAGCAGCUCAACAGAACAGAGCAGCGCCUCGCGCCUGAUGAGAAGGCACAAGCGACGCCGGCGGAAACAAAAGGCCCCACGCAUUGAGCGGUCGUCGUCCUUCAGCAGCAUCACGGACUCAACUAUGUCUCUGAACAUCAUCACAGUCACUCUAAACAUGGAGAAGUACAACUUCUUGGGCAUCUCCAUCGUGGGACAGAGCAACGAGCGUGGGGACGGUGGCAUCUAUAUCGGCUCCAUCAUGAAGGGGGGCGCAGUAGCGGCCGAUGGCAGGAUCGAGCCGGGAGACAUGCUCUUGCAGGUGAACGAUAUCAACUUUGAGAACAUGAGCAACGAUGAUGCUGUGCGCGUGCUGAGGGAGAUCGUGCACAAGCCAGGGCCAAUCACCCUGACUGUGGCCAAGUGCUGGGACCCCAGCCCCAGGGGCUGCUUCUCGUUACCCCGGAGUAAGUGGAUUGCUGACUCGCCCUUAACGCUGGUGCCCAGCCCAUUUGCUCCCCAGCGGAUCUGGGCUGGGCCAGACUCUCCAUGCUCCGAUCCGGGUGAGCCCAUCCGACCCAUCGACCCGGCAGCCUGGGUUUCCCACACGGCAGCGAUGACUGGCACCUACCCGGCGUACGGUAUGAGCCCAUCCAUGAGCACAAUCACUUCCACCAGCUCCUCCAUCACCAGCUCCAUCCCAGAGACCGAGCGCCUCGAUGACUUUCACCUGUCCAUCCACAGCGACAUGGCCACCAUCGUCAAAGCCAUGGCCUCCCCUGAGUCAGGUCUGGAGGUGCGCGACCGCAUGUGGCUGAAGAUCACCAUCCCCAAUGCCUUCAUCGGUUCAGACGUGGUGGAUUGGCUCUAUCACCAUGUGGAAGGUUUUACAGAUCGGCGAGAAUCCCGCAAGUACGCCAGCAACCUGCUGAAGGCCGGCUACAUCCGACACACUGUGAACAAGAUCACCUUCUCAGAGCAGUGCUACUACAUCUUUGGAGACCUCUGCGGCAACAUGGCUAACCUGUCCCUGCAUGACCAUGACGGAUCCAGCGGAGCCUCAGAUCAGGAUACGUUGGCUCCACUCCCCCACCCAGGAGCCGCACCGUGGCCCAUGGCUUUCCCAUAUCAAUACCCACCACCUCAUCCAUACAACCCCCACCCAGGAUUCCCUGACCCAGGCUACAGCUAUGGUGGGGGCAGUGCAGGCAGCCAGCACAGUGAAGGGAGUCGCAGCAGCGGUUCAAACCGCAGCGGCAGUGAGAGGAGAAAGGAGAGAGACCCGAAGGCUGGCGAGUCCAAGUCGGGCGGCAGUGGCAGUGAGUCGGACCACACCACCCGGAGCAGUAUGCGGCGGGAGCGGGCGGCCAGUGAGCGCUCGGUGCCAGCCAGCCAGCGCAGCCAGCACUCCCUAGCUCACAGCAUCCGCAGCCACCACAGCCAGCAGUCGUAUGGGCCGCCUGGCCUGCCACCCCUCUACAGCCCGCCCAUGCUGCUGAUGCCUCCGCCGCCUUCUGCCAUGGGGCCCCCAGGAGCCCCGCCGGGCCGUGACCUGGCCUCUGUGCCCCCUGAACUGACGGCCAGUAGACAGUCGUUCCGAAUGGCCAUGGGCAAUCCCACAAAGAAUUACGGGGUGUUUGACUUCCUCUGAGCUUGCCGCCCGCAGGGGUGAGAGCUGGAGCAUGGCAUGGCAGCUUGGCCCAACAGAGGAGGACACGAAGCCCCAAGGGCGCUGGGCACGUACGGUGCUGAAGAUGGCUUCUUUCCCAAUAGCUGAAGACGCCCCCCCUGUCCCCUCCACAGCCCUGAGAGGGGAGCAGGGCCCAACUCCAGCCUUGUGUGUGUUCAGAUCAAUAAAUGUAGCCAUCUCCUGGCCAAUGGCAUGAAUGUUCCAUGGCUUCAGUGCCUCUGGGGAGUGGAGAAGGUGAGGCCCCAGCUGGGAGGGUACCACUCUCUGUUCCCCCACUCCACCACAACAUGCUCAGGCUUGGGCCAGGGUCUGUUACUCUCUGUACAGCAUUACACCCAGUGCACCCCUGUGGCAAGGCCCCACUUGGGUUCGGCGGCAGUACGCUAAUGAGGCUCUGUUCCUGACUGAGUGCUGCUGGGUCAUUAGCUCCCAUGGGAGGUACAGGCCAGCACCAGGAGCCUGAAAUUGCUGAAGUACCUGCCAUCCAUUACUCAAGGCUCUGCUCGUGCCCAUGAGCUGCCUGGUGUGGAUUUGGCUGAACGUGAGGGUUCAAUUGCACCUGCCGCUCUGCAAGUGCGGGUGUCUAGCUCUGAAAAUGUGCCUUUAGUCUAGGCAGCCUCUCCCACCCCCUGCAUGACCAUGGGCCUGGCGACCCAUUCCGUGGCCACAGAGCAUGCUCCAUCCAGGCCUGCUGUGUGUAGCUGGGGGCAACAGCUACUGGCUGUACUCUCCUACACUGCUGCUUAGCCGCAGGCUUAAGGUGCAGAAGCUAUUAGGCCUAAUCAGAGCAAGAGGAGGGGGUAAGAAGCUGAGUAAGGGGCAGCCUUGGUGUUUCUAGAGGGGGGGCCAGCACAAUGGCAAUUCCCCCUGCCUUUGCUGCCUCCCUCUGUUGUUCUAGAGGGGUAAGGGGCUUCCUGUCCUCAUCCUCUCCAUGGACAAGGGAGGGGUGGGGACGGACCAGGAGACUGGAGAGUGACAGCCUUGGCCCUGCUGUGACAGUCCCUACUUGAGAUGCUGCCCCCUUCUGUGACGUGGUACUGCAGGCCCUUGCCUGUGGCAUGUGUGCAGGGCCGGGGCCCAUGUCCCGGUGGAGGACUGCAGUCAGUUUAGCUGUUAGAGAAAAGUUCCCUUUUUCUCCAUCAGCCUCCUGGAGUCUCUUGGAGCCCUGCUCCUCCUGCCUGAUGCUGGUGUGACAGAGAGGCUAUCUUGGGUAACUGGCUAGUGCACGAGACAGUACAUGGUACGCUACGCUCCACCGCAGCCAAUGAGGGGCUUUGCCACAGUCUUUCCCUUUCCUCCCUGGGUCCUCUCGCUGCCGUGCAACAGCUUCCUCUGCAACCGUGUAAACUCCUUGGAGUUGUGGUUAUUCUUCUUAACAGGUGAAAUAUAUCUUACACCUGGCACCAGCUCAUCUACUGCCCUGUCUGCCAUCCCAGCACCAGCCAUCCUGCCCUAUGUGCCAUCCUCCUGCCCCUCUAUCACAGCACCAACUCUUCUACAGUCGUCCAUUCUUCUAGCUCCCUACCAUGCUACCAGUUCGUCUACUGUGCAUAAUCCUUCAUAUCUACCCUGGUGCCAGCCUGUCUAAUAUCCACUAUCCUGCCAGCUCACGCUGCCGCCUACCAUCCUACCCUGCCUUCCAGCCAACUCAUCAUCCUGGCAUUGGCCUGGCUUCUCCCCCUGCCCACUGGGUUUUAUAAAAACAAAACCAAUCUCCUUGUUUUUAUUUAUAAACAUAGUUUUAUUGGAA